GUCAAGGACCAGAGUCUUUAAAGGAGCACUAACGCUGAUUGAGAUGAUUUGCAGCUGGUACCAAACAUGCAGAAGGGCUUACCUCACAAAAGGGCAGUUUAAAUGUGCAACUUAAGAAAAGUCUGAAAAAGUACAUUUUAUUGUUGUAAAAAAAUAACCACAGGAACUGAUUAUGUUAAGUGAGGUGGUAACUGUUUAAGCACUUUUUAAAAAGGUGUAAAAUAUGAAAAUUUUAUGUAAUUCAACCAUUUUGAGAACCUUGAAGUGAAAACUGUUUUCCAUUGUAACGACUCCUUUAAUAUGGCAAAGAUGGCGGUUUGGUUAGCAGUGCUGCUAACGUUGGGAGCCUUGACUGAAACGGCAAAGCAGAGCUUGUUUUACCUGGACAUGGCUCUGGACUCCGUGGACGACGCGUACGCUGGCUGCGAAGGCGACAUGGAGCGUAAAGUGAGAACUGACUUUCUCCCGAGUGAGAAAAACCAAAACUCAAAUUUCUCCUUGGCCUGGAACGAAGCAGAGAAGCACUACAACAAGAAAUGGAGACCCAAACACGGGAAGCCCGCCUCCAGGACCCUGGCGAAGGAGGAGAUCAUGGCCGUUUAUGUUUACACGACGGACAAACCCGAAGUCUACCCGGAGUUCAACGAGGCGGUUAGAAGUCAGAAGAUGAAGUACAAAACCGCUUUCAGAUACCACACUCUGCACUUCUUCCUCACGAGAGCCCUGAAGAGGCUCAGCGCUCGCAGAAGCGUCCUGGAAAGGUGCCUGACUGGCUAUCGAAGGGUCGACGGCGACUUCAGCCAAGAUGUCCUCAACGAGCAGAUCCGCUUUGGCUCUUUUACCUCCAGCUCGCUGCUUGGCUAUCAGGGUCCCUACAGGUUUGGUGACAAAACGUGCUUUGAGAUUUCCACCUGUUUGGGAGCAGACGUGUCACUGUACUCCAAGUUUGGAGAGUCUGAAGCAGAAGUUUUGAUCCCACCGUAUGAGGUAUUUAAAGUGACGCAGAUUAAGAGUAGAUCUGAACAGAAGAGCCUUGCAUGCGACGUGGUGUUUAAACUUAAGAGCACGCAGAAAGCUUUGUCCAACCUGAACUGUGCUGCUCUUUGACUGGAGCCACGUUGUGAUUCAAAAACGGGUGUAAAAAUAUUUUUUAAAAGUUUGGGAAGUAAACUGUUGAAAUACAUUUUUCACAAUUCAAUGUCAAACUGCAUUUGAAGGCAGUAAAAUAAAAAUUAAAAACGUUGUUUUCUGG